UUUAGAUUCGUUUUGUUUUAGUAUAUUUCUAUUAGUAAAUAAAUUAACAAAAUCAGUGUAGGCUAUCACAUAAUUUGAAAUAAAAUGGCUUUGCCGGUUUCUAUUAACCGGCUAAAUUUAUGUAAAUCUUUCUUUAUUCAGAUAAAGUCAUUAAAAAAUUUACAACUACAAUCUGUUGCAAAAUAUUCAAAUGAGGUGACUGUUGUCGCGGCGCCUUUGGCAGUUCAAAAACAAAAAACCUCAAAAGCCAUGAAAGCCUAUUUAGAGAGAGCAAGAGGACAUGAUGAGUUCAUGAAAGCUCAAACGCUGGAAUAUCAAAUUGGAAAAAGACAUUUGGCUAACAUGAUGGGAGAAGAUCCAGAAACUUUCACUCAAGAAGACAUUGAUAAUGCAAUUGAAUAUUUGUUCCCGUCCGGUCUGUUUCAAAAGAGGGCGAGACCAUUAAUGAAAGAACCGGCAGAGAUUUUUCCUCCUAGGAAAGCUGCAGAAUUUGACGCUACUGGCAGGCCUUUUCAUAGUAUGUUUUAUACAGGAAGGCCAAAUUUUUUUAAGCUUCUUUAUGAUAUUGUCGAGGAAAUUAACAAUUUAAAUGAUUUUGAAGAUAAAAUGAUUAGAAAAGGAACAAAACCUGAUCCAAAUCUAAAGUUAGAAUCAACUGGAUAUCACUGGCUUCCAAAGGAGCAGUUAGAAAAAAAACUUGUAGAAAAUAUUUCUGAUAUUGAGUAUUCUAAUUUUAUUCAAGCAAUGGACAGGUUAAUAUCUUUACCAUAUUCAUAUAAAUCAAAAGAUUUUAUACAAAACUAUAGAAAAAUUUUAAUGGAUCCAAUGAAAAAUGCAACAAUUCCUAAGCCAUUAUUUGAUGAAGAUGGUAGACAGUAUGUUACAACUUACGAAUGUCUAAGGAAAAAAGCUCGUGGUGAUGUUACAGUUCGAUAUCCUGGAACUGGAUUACUUGUAAUCAACGGGCAAGAUAUUCAUUAUUUUGAUAAUAUACAGUCAAAGGAACAGAUUUUAUUUCCAUUAAUAUUCACUGAUAUGUUAAAUAAAGUUGAUAUUGAAGCCAAUGUUGAAGGUGGAGGACCAUCAGGUCAAGCUGGUGCAAUACGUUGGGGAAUUGCUAUGUCAUUGAGAAGUUUUGUUGACGAAGAAACUAUUGAAAAAAUGCGAUUAGCUGGCUUAUUAACACGUGAUUGGAGAACACGUGAACGGAAGAAAUUUGGACAAGAAGGUGCCCGCAGAAAAUAUACAUGGAAGAAGAGAUAAAAAUCGUAUAGAAAACAAAUUGUAUAUGUAAAAGUAGUUUUUUUUUUAUAUUGAUUUAUUAAAAUUUAGUUAUUUUAACAGAAUAAAAUAAAAAUGUUAUUAAAAAACAAAAACAAAAUAAUUAUAACAAAAUUUUUAAA